ACAGUUGUCUUUUAUCUGAAAAUUAUUGGGAAUUACUUGCUUGGUAUUUUUCAUUUAACUCAUUGGGACCAACACGUUAAGGGGGUUUGCGGGAUCACCUUGUUUAUCCGGUUUAACAUUGUAGGACAGCACGAUCUGGAACAACUCGCAUCUCAGUACAGUAUUCACUUAAAAGGCUAAAUAAAUAUUUAUAACUAUGUAUUUGUUGAAAGUUUACAUCUCUCCAAAACGGGCAUUCUUGAAUGGAACAUGUGCUUCAAAUUUUAACUGUAGUUUUGAAUUGUAAGCACAAGAUCAUACUCGUACAAUAUGACAAGCAAACAGUGCUUCAUCUCUUGGGUUAACCCUAGCACACAAUUCUAAACGCCGGAGAUGUCCCAUUGUUCUAAUAGUUUAACCAACACAUUUUGAACAAAAACAUUUAAAAAAAAUAAUAAUUUCAAUUGGGAAAUAUGAUUUUCAGAGGCAAGUGUUUCCAGUUAUGAGCCCGGUCACAGAACAAAGUAAACUCACAAGUGAAUGUGUAGUUGCAGCUUUAUGUUUAUUUCUGCACUGAGAUUCAAACCGCGACCAAAAAAAACGGUUCCAAAGUCCAAAUACAGACUGAACUUUUAUGGUAAAAAUGUUUACUUAAACAUCUUGUGAAAAGAAAAAAAAUUGGAAGGACAAACAGAUCUUUUUCUAAGCUGGAAUUCAAACAGGCAUAUCCCACAUUGGGGAAAUAGCAAGUACUAUGAUACAGAAACGUAACACAUCAACCAAUGGCACAUACUCUGUGGAACUUUAUUCAACUACUUAUUGAUCUUAUUAUUUGGAUGACUUGUUUUUUUUCUCUUCCAUGCGGCCCUGAAUAUUGAAAAACAUUCACCAGCACACAUUUCUGGGGUCCAGUAGCAAACUGGGGUCUCCCUAUAGCUGCCUUCAGUGACAUGAAAAAGAGCCCCGAGAUCAUCAGUGGCAGGAUGACCUUCGCUCUGUGUUGUUAUUCGUUGCUCUUCAUGCGUUUCGCCUACAAAGUGCAACCACGCAACUGGCUGCUGUUUGCUUGCCAUUUGACCAACGAGUCCGCACAACUGAUUCAGGGUAGUCGCCUCAUCAAGUAUAAUUUGGAAAAGAAGACAUCUUAGUGACGAAGCGAAGUGUUCCCUGUUCCAACCGCAAUGACGAAAAGAGCCAUACGAACGUGUGCACCUAUCUAAUCACAGGAGCUGUGGCUGUUUCCUGCCCCUCUCUUAAGAAUGAUUGAUCACCCACAUGAAGUUAUUGGCUACAUGUUACUCCACAAAACAGAGUGUUUGCUUUAUAAAUUUGAUGCUGGAAUUUAUAAUUGCAUUUGCAUUCUUCACUGUGAGUGAAUGUAUAGUCCAUUUUGCAAUCUUCCACUGUAACUUAAUUACCGUAAAAAAUUAUUGCUCUUUCACCAUCUUAUUGAUGUUUCCAUGUAUAAUCCACAUUGCAAUCUUCUGGUGUAACUUAAUUAAAAUUUUUAUUGGUCCUUCACCAUCUUAUUGACGAGAUUUCCCUGCAAACGCAAGUGAAAUUUGACAUUGGGUGAUUUUAGGAUCACUUUUGUCAGAGUGAAGACACAAAGCAAUAAAGACUGUUACUCGUUUCAAGGAAGGUUACAGUUGAAUGUGUUAAAAUGGUGAGGAUGUGAUAAUUCGACCAGUAGAUAUCCAGAUUUCAGUCCCUGUGUCUGUUUCUGCUGAACAACUGUAUAUUAUGUGGUACUUUGUUCGUCCUUCAAAGUCUUUUAUGGUGUAACUCAAUCAAAAUAUCCCUCAUUAAUUAUCUGAUUCUUUGGUUUUGUAAAAGUAAACUGAAUAAAACUAACUUGAAAUUA